AUGACAUAUGUCUUAAUUGGAAAGAUCAUUUUUAAUCAAUUCUACUUCGACAACCCUUUGCUGAACCCCAUUGCACCGGAACCUCAUGGAUUAGUUUCUGGCAUUUAUGAACAAAAAGAUGGUAUACUUCCAGUUUCUGGUACUCCAAACGUGUAUGGCAUUAUACAGACUAUGGUUUCCUGGACUUUAAAUGAUGGUUCCCCUUCUACAGAAAUCAAAGUGCAAAAUUUCCAAAGCCAAACUUUUUGCAAGGACUUAAAAGUGAAAGACGGUCAAACUUAUACAAUAUUUAUCCGUUCUAUUGAUAUUGCUAAUAACACUUUUAUUGAAAACAGAACAGUUCAUAUUGACCGAUCCGUACCUCAUAUAAACAAUAUUUGCCUCGUUAAGGAUGGUUACAAUGUCCUCUUUGUCCACCACAUGACAGAUUUGUCAAAGAUGCAGUUGCAUUUUGAAGCUCUUUAUCCACACAGCGGCGUACGACAAAUAGAGUGGGUCUUUGGUAAUACCAUUACAGAACUAUCUUCAGGAUCUUUAAGUGUAGGAUCUCUGAAAGAAAACGCCUGCCCACAGAAUGCUGAAAAUUGUUACUGUCCGGAUGUCGGACAAUGUGAGAUUUUUAACUAUACUGUACCAUUAAACAAGCUUGUUACCAUCGAUAAACAUAUUGGAAAUCACAACAGAAAUUACUACUUUACUUUAAAAGUUACUAACAAUGCACACUUGUUUAACAUAGAGCACGUGGAUAUAUUGGUCGAUGAUUCCCCACCUGAGGUUGGCGUACUAUUUGAAGGACCUAUGAAUGCUAAAGACAUUGAUUAUACAAGUGACGAUAACUUUUUAACCCAUUGGCAUGGUUUUAUUGAUCAUGAAAGUGGAAUAAAAGAAUACAGAAUAGGAGUUGCAUCUCGCUGUUUGAGCAGUAAAGAACUUUACGAUUUCAACAAUAUACCUUGCAUGGACUUCGUUACAAAGGUCCCAUACACUGAGACGUCUACUCGUAUUCCUGCAAACUUUACGGGCAAACGGUAUGUAUCUAUCAUUGCCUUAAACAAUGCAAUGGACCCAUCAAAGGCAGUAUGUUCUGAUGGAAUAACUCGAGAUCUUUCACCACCUUCUAUAAAAAAUCUUACAUUGGAACAUGCAUCGUGGUCCGAAACUUUAGUUUGUCAUGACGGACGAGCAUGGCUUUUCCAUUCAUCGUUAGCAAAAAUAAAGCUUCGCAACGUAUCAAAUUGCAACGACGUGUGUAAAAACUAUCGUCAGCUGCAUCCUCUCGCGUCAGCUCUUCCAACUCUAAACAUACAAGAAAAAGAUUCAGAUGUUUCGCAAUUCAUGUGUGAAUCAAAAACCUGGUACCAGAACGCCUCGAUUAUUUACCUACCAAAUAACUAUAUAAAACUGGAUUGGGAAAUUAAAGAGGAUGGAAGCCAAAUUGAUGAUGUUUUCGUAGGCAUAGGAACUGACCCUACUGAGUUGCAUGCACCGAGCAUUGCUGCAUUUAAGUCAACCUCGAAACGGAAUACGUUUAAAUAUAUUCAUGAAGGAAUUGGAUCGGAUGAACUAUUCUUUGUCUUUUUGAAAGUUGUAAACAAAGCUGGUCGAGAAGGUGUUUCAAUUUUAGGUCCUAUCUUGAUAGAUGAAACGCCUCCGAUUUGUAAAGAAGUUCCAAAAGUUAACAUCGAAGAGGGAUUUAUCGUUGUUGGUUGGGAAAAUAAAACAUUCUAUGACCUCGAACAAGAUGAGAAAAUCGAUUCUAUCUAUUUUGAAAUAGGACAUGACGACAUCAAAGUAACACCAUUGUUACAGUGGGGCCUUGGAACGUCUGCGCCAUGUUACGGAUAUAGUGGUGGUUGUUUCAGAUAUCCUAUCAAAAGACUACAAAAGCAAGAUAAUGAUCUCGGUUUAUACUUUUUCAUAAAUAUGCACGUAUACAACAAAGCUGGCCAUUUCAUCACUGUUUCCACAGAUGCAUUUCAGAUACCUUCAAUCUACCCUCCGGGUCACGGGAUUGUAUUUGACGCCGAUCCGGAACAUAAGUCACAUACAUUUGAUGUUAAUGCGCACUUUACAGCACAUACAUUAUGUCUAAAAUGGGACGGUUUUAAACAUCAUGAGUCAGUUAAAAUCGAAAUAGGAAUUGGAUCUUAUAACUUGACAGACAAUGUUGUUCCUUUUAGCACCCGCAACCGCUCAACCAAUUAUCACUGUAUCAAAUCGCCCAAAAUUAAAUUUCAACAAACCUACUAUGCACUUAUUAAGGCGUCUUGUACUGGUGGUUUGACAGUCUCGUCAUCAAAUGGAAUCGUCGUUUUAAAUGAAAGUAAACUAUUAGACUCGUUAAAUGUUUAUCUUGGAGAGGAAUGCUCAACUGUUAAUUUAAUACAAUCAGAACAUAUCAAUUCUACAAUAGUAAAUAAUCAAGUGACAUUUCCAGCUCAAGUAGGCAAUCGAUAUAAACUCUCUUUUGUCAACAGCUCAGUUGCUUCACUUGUCACUAAUGAUGGUAUAAUUGAAAACGACACAGGCAAUAAUGCAUUAUAUUUCGUAUCGUUCAGUGAAUACCCUGUUAUUUACUUUAAUUUUGCCCCCGGAUCAACAAAUCAAGAAAUAGAACUACUUAUUCAUAAUUGUCCCGAUACAAAAUAUUUAACUAAUAGAAACGUCGUCACGGCACAUUGGUUUUAUGACGAUCGUGUGACUUAUGGAUUGGUAUUUCAAAUCGCUUUAGUCAGAGUACCAAAGACAACCAGAAAUAUAUCUGUUGUACCAUUCAUGCAAUAUGAAUCAGUUUUAUAUCGACAAACUCACAAGUUUCUGAAUAUUGAUUUAGAACUGAACAAGUAUUACAAACUUGCUGUUAAACAAUGUACAAACGUUACGUGUCUCGAUCCGGUAUUUUCUAAAGAUUUUAGCGUAAGUGGGGUACCAAAACCUGGCAAAAUACUUGUGUCCAGUCUUUUAAAAGAAGCUGAUGACCCUCGUGCAAAGAUAGAUUUGAAGUGGAAUGCUUUUCAAAGUGACAACUCGAUACUUUUUUACCAGUGGGCUGUUUCUGCUGACAAUAAGGGAAAUAUGAUUCUGACACAGUGGCAAACAAUAAAAGCCAACAACAGAAAUUUGUAUCAGGUCAAUUCAUCUGUUGAUUUACCUGUGCAUCUCCACUCAACGAAGUUCAGUUGUAUCCGUGCUUUCGACAUGGCAGGAAAUGAAGCUAUCCUCUGUCAUCACAUGGAAUGCAUAACAAAUGGAACUUAUAUGGCGUCUGCCAUUUAUGAUUUUGACUCAAACUCGAAAGCCUGGAAGACAAUUCUUGAGAUACUCCAUAGCUCAAAUAUUGGAAGCCUAUAUACACUUCUUCAUGACAACGAAUUGGACUUUGGAACAUCGGGAACAGAAGUUGUUGGUGUGAUUUUGUAUGCUGCCGAGCGGAAUAUCACAUGGUUUUUGAUGGACGACAAUCGUGUUCCGUUGUCGUGUGAACUAAGUAAAAAGUGUAUUAUUUCAAAAGUAACAAAUACGGGCUUUGUAUCAUUUGCGAGUGCAGUUACAAAGCCAAAUUCCAUUCACUUCAUAUGCGCUUACUCUAGCAGAACAUCAGUAAUCAGAGAGGUGUAUACAGAAGUGUUAGACGAAAUUAAAACAUGUAGCAACGGCUUUGUCAUUGACAGUAUUGCGCCAGUAGCUGGCAAAGUUGAAAUCAAAAACAAAGAUGGUUUCCUUACUAGUCUUGAUAACGUUGAAAUUUCCUGGGAUAAAUUUGAAGAUAACAUAGAUGCGAUAAAACUUGGAUAUCCUGGUAAUAUACCAGCAUACAGCUAUGGAAUAGGAAGUCGCCCGCUCGCAGACGAUAUCAAACGGUUUACAAAUGUUGGUUAUAACACAAGAGAUGUUAUCAAUAAUUUGACUUUGUCUGAUGGAUCAUCGAUAUUCAUAACUGUAACAGCAAGAGACCAUGCUGGAAACGCAGCAUCAACAUCUUCCAAUGAACUCAUUGUUGAUACAUCACCACCUUUGUGCGGUAAGCUGGAACUAUCAACAAUUGGACAAGUCCACGACAGUUCCUAUUAUCUAAAAGAUACGCAGAUAACAGUUCAUUUAUCUGAAUUCAAAGAUGAAGAAAGUGGUAUCGAUCAUUUUGAAAUUGGUGUCGGCACUCAGCCUUUCUUUACGGAUAUCUUGCCAGCAGGUGUCUUCUACCAAAGCGAUAUUAUCAUACAUAUUCCAGACCACGACAUAAAAGACGGUCAUACGUAUUAUAUAGCAUCAAAGGCUAUUAAUAGAGCUGGAUUAUCAUCAGAAUUCACAUAUUUACGGACUAUAGCCGACAGUACGCCCCCAAAUGGUGGUCAUGUUUUUGAAGGCAAAAUAGGAAGUCAGAAAGAGGAAGAUUAUCAGUCUGAUAUUACGGAAAUAAACGUGCAUUGGAAUGGUUUUAGCGAUCCACAUAGUGGGAUAGCCUUUUAUAGAGCAGCUCUUGGGACGAAGCCAUUUACUGAAAACAUUGAGCCCUUUGUAAAUGUUGGACUUCUGGAAUAUACAACGUGGCAUGGAGAAUUUUCUACUGGUAAAAGAUAUUUUACCACAGUAGAGGCAUGUAACGACGCAGGUCUCUGUAUAGCCCGAUCAUCUGAUGGUAUUACUCUGGACACUUCACCACCAACACCAGGAUAUGUGCAGAUUGGUUCAGACGAGCUUCACAAGAAAUAUCAGUCACAUACGUCAUCAGUCCACGUGAAAUGGGCGGGGUUUGAAGACCCAGAGUCUAGCAUCGAUCACUACGAAAUGUGCAUUGGAACGAGACCAGGUACAUGUGAUAUUUCAGAACGCACAAACUGUUUAUUGCAGUCUAAUAUAAUCAAAACAGGGCUUAGUCUUCCAUCAAAAACACCCUUAUUUGCAACCGUUAUUGCUUUUAAUAAACUUUUACUCAAUGUAACAAAAUCAUCUGACAGCUUCUUUGUUGAUGGAACAUCCCCAUUUGUUUCCAUAAGACCAUGUUUUAUGGUUGCGAAAAAUAACAUCGAUGGGAAACUAGGUCAAUGGGAUAGAUCUAUUUUACAUAUAAAGUGGGAAUUUCUUGACGAUGAAAGUCCGAUUGUUCGUCAUUAUGUUUCCCUUGUUACGCAUCAUGAAGGUCACACUCCCGUAGAAAAUAUACAAAUAGGAGCCGAAAACAACCUUACAAUAAGUUUGGACGGUAGAUCAUGGCUUCAUAAUGGGGAUACGUAUUUCGCUACCGUUACAUGCUGUAACCUGGCUGGUCUUUGUGUUUCUGAAAGAAGCAAUGAUCAUAUUGUUGACUCGACACCACCGCAUCUGGGUGGUUUCCAACCACCAAUGUUUUGGGAGAACAUUAAUGUGUCAGAGAAUGCAAUGAAGACAAAUAUAACACUUUCAUGGUACGGUUUUCAUGAUCAGGAAUCUGACAUCGAGACAUAUUUUAUCACAAUAAGUAAAACAUAUAGCGGAAAUGAGAUAACAAAUGGUGUGGUUACCGUUAAUGUUGAUCCGUCGGAUAGUAAAACUGAGCAUACGUUUUCAUUUCUUGCAACUGAUGAGUUAGUAAGAGAUGAUAAAAUAUAUUUAACAAUAUGGGCACAAAACUCUGUAGGACUUAACAGUUCAAUGGCACGGGCUUCAGUAUUUGUGUUAUCAAGUCUGUCAACAGCUGAUGUUUCAAACCACAGAGGCACUCUUGAGCUUGAAAAACACUCCUGUGAUAUACAGUAUUGUAAUAAGGAUUGUACGUGUGCAGUUGUUGGCAGACCGUGUGUCGAGGUACAAUCAAACUCGACUUGCCUUGAAGUACCCUCUCCGUUAGUAGAUCAGGAUGUUCCUAACAUUCAAGUUUUCAAUGGACUUUAUGAAAACUCACCUAAUAUCUCAACGUCCUCUGCUUGUAUCUCCGGAAGUUGGAAAGUAGGCGAUGGUAAAAGCAACAAUACGGACAUUUCACGCUUUGAAUGGACUAUGGGUUUACAGCACCAACCUUAUGGGGACGGGAUAUUUGAUUUGAAGAACGAAAUUCCAUGGAAUGAUGUAGGAUUGCAGUCACAAGUUGUGCAUUGCUUACCCGUAAAUAGGUCUCUAAUAGCACGCGAAAAAUAUGUAAUUUAUGUUAGGGCUUGGCUUUCAAGUGACAGAUAUGCCACGUUUCAUUCGGCUCCUAUACUAAUAGAUCAUUCGCCUCCAUCUUUGACACGAGGUCACACAAUUUUGGAUUCGAAUGAAUUAUGCAAUAUGGAUUUCGAUAUAAUAGACUGGAUGGAUACAAUUACAGUGUGUUGGAAUGGAGUUUUCUCAGAACAGCAGGGAUUCAUCGUAAAUUACUUCCUAGCAAUGGGGACGUAUCCCUCUGGUGACGAUAUUAUUCAACGGCAAGAUGUGGGUUUAAUCUCUAGUUUCACCUUCAGAAAGCUGUCUUUAUCUCACGGAACUAAGUAUUUCUUCACAAUCACAGCUUAUAACAACGUAGGGUUGCACACGUCUGCUGUAUCUGAUGGUUUCAUCGUUGACAUGGACGACCCGAUCAGUGGUGUGGUCUACAACACUCCUAAGCAUAGAAACGCACCAUACCAGUCCUCUACUUCAACCAUUGGCUUAUCUUGGCAUGGGUUUCAAGACAAGGUUUCUGGAAUACGAAAUUAUUUUUCAGCAAUUAGCGAUACGCCAACUAUUAAAAUGGGCAUAAACUUUACAAACACUGGACUUAGUACAAAACAUAUUUUCAGAAAUUUAGAGCUCAAACAUGGGCAAAAGUACUACGGAUUUGUUAAAUCUGUAGAUAACGUUGGGCAUCAAAGCCUGAUUGCUGUAUCAAAUGAUAUAAACAUUGAUACUACUCCUCCAACUGCAUUCACAUGUCAUACAUAUACUGAUAUCAAGCAUGUAUCAAAAAUGACAGACGUUAAUGAGAAGGCAAUAAACUUACAUUUCAAUGCUUCUUUGGGCACAUUAUAUAAAAUCACUGGCUAUGUGUUAUUAGGUAAAAGUGAUGAAGCAAAAGUUGUUCUUCAUUUAGGUCAGAUCCACACAUUGCUUCCACUCAUGAAAUAUCAUAAUCAGACACUAAUUUUCGAGCAUACUUUCUUUGCUUUGACUUCUGGUUCUCAAAUAAUUUCGAUUGAAAAUUUAAAUUCAAAUCACAAAUACUUUGCUUUAAACAUGACGCUAUAUAAAUGCAUAAAGGAUUUUGAAAGCAGUACUGGAGCGAUUACACUCACGCAGACUUCAAGAUCACUAGUUGCAGUGCGGGUGCUUGUAAGAGAUAGAGAAAGUCCUAUUAGUAAGAUUCAAAUAGGAGCAGGAACCACGCCUGGAGGUUUUCAGGUUAAAUCUCUUUCACGGGUACAUCAUCUUAAUCAUAACCAUCUGAUACAAACCAACGUUCAACAUAGAACCAAUGUCUAUGUCACAGCCAUUGUUGAGAAUAAGGCAGGACUAAGGACAGUAUUCAAGUCAAAGCCUCUUACCAUUGACCACACAAAACCUGUUGUUAAACAUCUGUCUGGGAACCUGCGAUAUGUAGAAGAAAAUGUAUCGGGCAUUGUCGACACUAAAACAAUCGUUCAUGCGUCAUGGGAUGUAGUUGAUGACGAAAGUGGAACAAGCAUCUGCUAUUGUUCAAUAGGUCAUAAACCACAUACACAGGAUAUUAAUGCAUACUGGAUUGCACAAACCGAAACGUCGUGUGAAUCAAAUGGACUUAUUCUCUCGCAUGGUCAAAAUGUCUUCGUAAAUCUGAAGUGUUUUAAUAACGUUGGUCUAUCAACUGAAAAUGUGACAGAUCAACUGGUUGUUUCACUGCAUGCAUCCGACACAUUUGGUGCUGAAUUAGCGUUUAUACCACUGAAUAAGGAAGUUGAUGGAGAUGUGGCACGCAUUGGAUCAAGUUUGCCAGUGCAAUCAAAUAACUCAUGCCUCCAGUUAAAAUGGAGUGGAUUUACAGACCUGUCUGGUAUAGCGCAUUAUGAAUACCGAGUAUACCAAAAUAAACACACUGUUCUUAAGGAAUGGGAGAAAACUAAAAAGGACAUGGUUAAGAUAGCAAAUAUUGAUUUAAGAAGUGGGGAAGUCAUGGCAGAAGUCAGAGCUAUAAACACAGGGUCGCUUAUUAGUGACUCUGUAAAUGCUUCGCUUUUUGUUGCGAACCAUCCUCCAAGAUUAACAGGUCUUACAGCGAAAUUUACAAGACAAGGUGAGCAAUUACAUUUGAGCUGGGCUAAAGUCUUUGAUGCUAUAAAUGAUGUCCCGUUUACAUUCAGUCUUACAAUAGGUACGAGAAAAGGAUAUACAGAUAUCCUCGACAUAAAUUAUAUCAGCGAUGAUAAUAUUGAUGUGCCUAUCCCUAGAUCUACGAUCAUUACACCUAUAGUGAAGGAAGUCUUCGUAUCGGUCGAUUGUAUCUACAAGACUGGACUGCGAGCUACAUAUGCUACUAUCUACAAGCUUGCUUGACAUUUUAUGGACUUUGACAUUAAAAAUAAAUAUACGUUUUGCUUUGGGUUUUUUUCUUCCUUUUUUUAACCAUUUGCUGUCUUUUUAAGGCGCCUUUAGAUAGUUUUGUAGUUUGUUUGACUGAUACAUAAUUUUUUGACAUUUAAGCUCUUCGUCAUUUUAAAUAAAAAUGUAUAUAGUGUCAUGACUAACGCAUUUUUUCACCGCUUUAGCAUUUUUGUUUAAGGCCUUUAUAUUUUUAAGUGGAUACCUUUUUCAGCGUACUCCAUUUCACACUGAGAUCUGUAAUAAGUAAUCAGUAAAGGUCCAUUUUCUCAGAAACAACUAACUGUAUUCAUUUCAAACUUAGUAUACUUGUUCAUUAUCAAUGUGAAAUAUCAGAAGGGCAAAUAAUUUAUGCAUUUUUAUAAAAACAGGUUAUGCCAUUUUUUGCUAAAUUUUGCUCAAUUAUCUUCCUUUUAUGUUUUUUUAUGUUUUUAAAUUAUUGUCACAUAUACAUGUAUUUACUUCAACUUGAUAAACUUGUCUACGGUCAAGAGCAGAUAAUUCUGUCAAUCAGUUCUUAAGAAUUAUUACUUGUUUUUCUUGUUUGCCUUUUCCAUUCUAUCAAGUACUGAGAAAAUUAAAAUGUGCUGCUCAUUGGAUACAUCUGUAUGUAUCUCAUAUUUUGAAUUGAUAUAGACACGAUGUUUUAUUAUAAUAUUAAAGAACAUAUUAUAAGCAUUUGAGAGAAAAAAGAACCGUCAACUUGAGAACCUUUAAAAGCGCCUCUGAUUGACUGAAACUAACUUUACAUAAAUCAAGAUGUUUAUACAAAAUUACAUUAUAUGAUAGACACGCAUUUAUCUUCUUUCGUUUUCUUGAAACGGAUUUUAAUAUCAUUUGUUUUCUACAUACUAUUUUCUUUACUGCGUUUUUACUAGUAGAUACCUGUUUUUGCAUUAAUUAUAUAAUCAGAAAUAAAAAGUUGAGGAAAA